CUCCCAUUUGAUACGGUUAAAUGUAGACAAAUCUUUUCACAAUGCAGCUUCAAACAUCUGCCGUGUCAAGAGGAGAAAAAAAAUAAAAUGCUGACAUUUUUUUAUAUACUGCUCCUGAUCAAAACUGGGCGAUGCUCAGAUCAUCAGAUCUUUGACGCCAAAAAUGUUGAUGUUGGGCAAAAUGUGACUCUAAAUUGUUCCCGGGAUCAUCGUUGGCUUUCAACAAAUUUAUUUUGGAUCAGACUUGUUUCUCAGAGCUUUCCUGAAGUUUUAGGAUCAACAAUAUCUCAUGAUGUUCCGACUAUUGAAAAGACUCAUCAUAUUACAACAAAACAAGAGCCUGGAACUUUUAUUCUACAUAUCAACGGAGCACAGUUAAGCGAUACAGCUGUUUAUUACUGCAUCAAAGUAAGAAAGCGCAACAUGACAUUUUUGAAAGAAACUUUUCUUAGAAUCAAAGGACCUGACCCAGGCAUCACUGGUGUCACUCAAGACUCUUUGUCUAAUCCAGUCCAUCCAGGAGACCCAGUAACUCUGCAGUGUUCAGUCCUCUCUAAUUCUGAGAACAGAACAUGUACAGAAGAUCACAGUGUGUACUGGUACAGAGCCAAACCAGAUGAAUCUCAUCCUAGUUUAAUUUAUAUUCAUGGAAACAAUGGUAAUUACUGUGAGCGGAGUCCUGAGGCUCCCUCCCAACAGAAAUGUGUCUACAUCUUCUCCAGGAACGUCAGCUCGUCUGAUACGGGAACUUAUUACUGUGCUGUGGCCACAUGUGGAGAGAUACUGUUUGGAAAUGGAACAAAACUCGACAUCAAAGUUCCAGUUGUCCAACAUUGGGAUUUGCAGAAAACAAACACCGUUCUCUUUCUGCUAUGUGUUGCUCUCAGCAUAAGCCUGAUUGUUAUAGCCUUCCUCAUUUAUACCAUCAAAGAAAAACACAAAACCUCUGCUGCUGCUUCUCUACAAACAAAUAGAGAAACAACUAGGACAGAACAACAAAUUCAGCAAAGACAUGAGGACUCAUUGACUUAUGCUGCACCAACUUUUACCAAGAGAAACACUCGCAAAGCAGAGAGAAGGAAUGCAAGAGCAACAGAGGCAAUUUGUAUUUACUCUGAUGUCAGAGCUUUUGAGUAUGGAAAAAGUGAUGCUUAAGCUAAACUUGUAUUUCAUCUCCCUGGGCCAUCAGCUAAUACACUAUGUGGCAACUAAUGUAUUAUUGUAUGUUUAAACCUGAAGUGUUUAUUUGUGAUGACUGUACAUAAAAUAUGAAUAAUGAUGUGGCGUACCUUUAGUAACUCACGAGUUCAAUUUGGAAAAAUAAAGUAUAUUUUCACUUUGGACUGAUAUGUAAUAUUGGCAUGCCCAGACUCUGCACACUGAGUCUGGGUACUGGAAUUUGAGAAGAAAAACAUUUAGAUGAUGAAUAUGUGAAAGUAAGUCCACUAUGUCAUCAGACAUGAAAUUUGGUUCGGAACAACUGCAUAUUUAGUGUGUUUUAAAUGGAUGUCCCAUUUUUUUACUCUUUCUGUUUUGCUUUGUGGCCACUGUAAUAGAAAUACAGAAAUCUGCACAGAAACAUCUACUGAUACUACUUUGUUGUGUGAGUUCUUUGUAUCUUUCAGCUAUUUUUGUCAGGUGUUCAGAAAAUAAGCAGAAAAUAAACUUUGCUAUUUAUGAGGCUCUUGCAGAAGCUUUAUUAAAACAAUCAAAUGAU